CUAAACCCCACAUCAGUCCAGUCAUCUCCGCAAAUAUAAAAGACAACCCACCAACCCACAGACUCAGCACUCACUAAGCCUCAAGCACAAAAGCACCGAGCACAGCGCCAAAAACAGCGCAACAUGCGGCGUCGAGAGGAAAAGCACGAUGCCGAGCAUGCUCUAUUUCGCGGGUGUAUACAACUGGUAUAGCGAGCAGUUCAAGCAGUAUAGCAGUUCAAAAAGAAACAGUAAUAGUACCAGUAACAACAGCAAUAACAGUAGCAGUAAUUCAAAGACGAACAAGUCGAGUAAACAGACCAACACUGCAAAGAAUUUUGUAUUUGUAUAUAAAAGAGCCCAAGGGCCGGAUGCGGAAAGUCGUCACACGAGCACACAUCAGGCGCGCCGGAGGCGUCACGUUCGCGCAAUUUGCCGGCAUGCAUGUCGUGAACGGAGGGGCAGAGCGGUGUGUGUGUGUGCGUGUAUGUAUGCGUGCGCAGUUCUCGUGUUGUGAGGACAUGUGAGUGGGCAUGUGAGCUGCUGCCGCAUGGAGCGCUUAGCUACGGGGUACGGAUUCAAUUCAUGCAGGUACGAGCGAGUGUACUGAGUAAUCAAUCCAGUUUGUGCACUAAGAUCAGGCGGGGUAGCGGGGUGUGGGAAAAGAAAAUAUGACGACGAAAGAAGUGGGAUAGAUGUGA